CCACCACUGUUCGCUCUAAGGCUCGCACCCUCCAUUUCCCUCUCCCCCCUCCACUCCUUAGGAUACUUCUCCGACAUUCUUGAUGUCCUGGCUGGCAUCCCUGAUACUGCGUAUUAUCCAUGUUUUUUAUUCCCUCGUCAUCGCCGUGUCCAGCAUGGCCAACGGACUCCGACGCGUCCCGCUACCACUUACCGCUGCUCGGGGUAAAAUACCACGGCACCUCGCUCUCGUCCUAGUAUACUCGGAAAUGACAGACUCUGAAGAUAGUGAAAGCUUGGAAGAUGCGCUAAUCCAAAACGUCGAGAGGGCUGCUGGUUGGUGUCAGGCUUGCGGAAUAUCUCGACUGACUGUCUAUGAUCGUCAGGGCCUUCUGGUACGACAUCAAAAGGUGAUAGAGCAGCGUCUCAACCCCGGAGUCCCGGACAUAGAGGAGGACCCUCCCUUCAACAUCCCUUAUCCCCUUACACCGCCUCUCUCUGACGAUUCGGAUGACUCGAACACCUUUCCGUUGGGCGGCGUCUCAAGCGAGCAUUUGAACGUCGCCACCAUUCAUCCUACAGGCCGCAGUCACGAGAAACAGAGGCGACUAAGCCAGUACCAGUCAAGUUUGAGGCGCCGGCGGAGUGUUCGUGGCGAAGGCGCGCCCACGACCAAACCUGUGACUCUCCAUCUUGUUUCGCGCGCGUCGGGAAAGCCGGCCAUAACAUCUGUCGCGAACUCUCUCUUGCACAGCGCUGCCCGACGGGUCGUCGGCAAGCCAGAGUUCGCCCAUCGAGAGCCGUUUGAGCUGUCUGUAGAAGACCUUCAAUGUAGUCUAGAAGGAGAGCACGGCUUUGCUCCACCGGAUCUCAUGAUUGUACACCAUGUAACAACUCCAAGGCUUAGAAGGACACCCUUGGAGCUGUAUGGUUUCCCUCCAUGGCAGAUCCGGCUGACAGAAAUACAUCAUGACGGAUACGUCGGUCUCCGAAGCUGGUUGAAGCCUUGGAAGGGCCGUUGGCGCUCGCCACCUUGUAUACUCUUGGACGAAGCGGAGUUCUGCCAAGCUUUGGAUGGGUUUUCUGGCGCGGAAAUGCGGCUUGGCAGGUAGGGACGAGGCCUUUGUGUGUAGGUUCAUGUAUUCGACGACGGCUCAUCAUCUUGACGCCCAUUCCUUACCUUUGGAGAUCGGUGUGCAUGACUCGACACGAGUGAAAUACAGAGUACGACGCUGGUGCGAGUCAGAGCAGUUACCAGAGCUGACAUCCAAGGCGACGACGUCGUCUCAUCCUACUGUCGGGUUAGAUGGCGUAGCAAAUAUACUCGCCCCUAUAUUUGCCCCCUCGUUUCUCCGGAGAUCUAGCCAUCACUUGUCGGGGAUCCCAUCUGCCAUCUGCUCAUGAUAUAGUCAGGGCCCCGCCCUGAGCGCUUCGUCAUGGGAAGAGGUUAUUGAAGCCUGCCAAUAUAUGUGGGGUGUCUAUAGUGCUAGUGUUGAAUUUGGAGAGUAUUGAAAGCGCGCUGAAUUGCACGCCGGGUGGAGAAGGUUC